AUGGGUGAUACGAAUGGACAAGUAGUAGCUGGUGGCAAUGGCCAAGGAAAUCGAUUGGAUCAAUUGAAUAGUCCAAUCAAUGUAUUGAUCGACAAAGAGACGGAUAGUCUCAUUAUUUGUGAUCCAGGGAAUCGACGAGUCGUACGAUGGUCUCGUCGUAGUGGUACAACUCAAGGAGAAAUCCUCAUUGACAACAUCGAGUAUUAUGGAUUGGCCAUGGAUGAUCAGAGAUAUCUCUACAUAUCUGACACCGACAAAGAUGAAGUAAGACGAUAUCAAAUAGGAGACAAGAAUGGAACUAUCGUGGCUGGUGGCAAUGGCAAAGGUGCUGGUCUCAAUCAACUCAACGUUCCGACCUACCUCUUUGUCGAUCAACAACAGACUGUCUACGUGUCAGACCGCUACAAUCAUCGUGUAAUGAAAUGGAAUAAAGGUGCAAAAGAAGGAAUUGUCGUCGCUGGAGGUCAAGGCAAAGGGAAUGCUCUGACACAAUUGAGUUAUCCUUACGAACUGCUCGUCGAUACAUUGGGUACCAUCUACGUGGCAGACUGGGGAAAUCAUCGGGUGAUGCGUUGGCCUAAAGAAGCGAAACAGGGCACUGUCAUUCUGGGUGGAAAUGGUAAAGGAGAAGGAGCAAAUCAGUUCUAUCUUCUUUAUGGUGGAUUUAUCACAAGAGAAAAGAAUGAAACAAGAUGUAUUCUUCUUUUGAAUAAAAAUUUAUUUAUAUCUACAUAUCUAUUCUAUACACAUCAAGAUCAACAAUUUGUUAUUCAUGUACAAAUAAAUCCAUGUGUACAAUUAAUAAUUAAACAACAACAUCGUCAGAUUUCUUCAUUAUUAUUAUUUUCACCAUCAACAUAUGAUUAA